ACGGCUCUGUGUGCUGAGGAUUUUUUUUUUCCAUUAUUUUGUUUCCAGCGUUUAUGAAGCCAGUCAAUCCGGUUCUAUCAGAUUUCUGCAGAACUGGAAAAGCCAGAGGGAACUGGCUGGGUUUCUGUGUGUGUGUGCUUAGGAGGAGGACUGCUCAGACCUGUUUCCCCAGAAGCCAUGAGUCUGGAGGCGGGCGGGGCAUGGGGAGCUGGAGUCUAUCCUUCACUUUUCUUCUUAGCCUGCUUCUUACCUUAUAUCUCUCUAUCUCUCUCAUUCUCUUUCUCUUGGCAUCUGGACCUCUGCCUUGAAGCUGAGGGAAGAGUGGACAGACUGAGGAUAUGGUGAACGUUUCUCAACUUGCAAAGAGAGAGAGAGAGAGAGAGAGAGAGAGAGAGAGCCAGGAAAUUCCAUUGGAUUCCAUAAGAAGUUAAGUUGUUCAGACGGAGAGGGUGUAGGUCUCCACUGGCGAGAAGAGGCAGUGCUUAAAAAUCGCAAUGGCUUUGGAGAGCUUCACUGAACUAUUGCACAGGCUGAAGGAUCUUCACGAGAGAGAGAUUGAAGGAUGGCAAGAGAAGGUUUUGGAACUGACCAAUCAGAAAUGCUGCAGCGAUACAAAAAGAAUGGAGGAGCUGUUCAACAAGAACCAGCUGCUACGAGAGCAACAGAGGCUUCUGACAGAAAACAUUAAACAGCUGGAAAACAGGUUAAGGGCAGGCCUGUGUGAUCGGUGCACGGUCACCCAGGACGUAGCCAAGCGGAGACAGCAGGAGUAUGAAUCCUCACAGAUCCAGAGUCUCCAGCACAUCACCGUCCUCGUGAGUGAGAUGAAUGCGCUCAAGAAGGAGAACAAGAGGCUGCAAGAUGAAGUUAAGAACCUGCGGGGGGCGCUUGAUGGUCAGAGCAGUCAGGAUUCACUGGCUCCUGCCCCAGAGGUCAGGCAGGCACCAGAUCCUUCGCUCUCUGCAACGGCUUUAAUUGCAACAGCCAUAAAAGCCAGCAAGCAGCCACAAGGGGGCACCACACCUGGCCUGACGAUCGUAAAAAGUGACCCAGAUCAGAACAGCUGUGUCAUUGAAGAGAGGUUUCCAGGAUAUAGGAAGCAACAGAGCUGGAAUGGACAUGAAAGUCAAAUGGCACACAGGGUCCAUAUUCCUGCUUCCAUCUCCCCAGGACAGAGGGCAGAACAGCACACUGUCCGGGGACCCAUAGCUGGAGAGAAGAGGGUGCACAGUGUGGAAGCUAUGGAGCCACGACUUUCCCCCAGCUCACCUUCGCUUCCCCCCCCUUCCCCCCUGGUCUUCUUAAAGAACCUCCCUUAUUCCUCCUCCUCACCAUCUACCAUGGCGGAAGAGAAGCCUGUCCGUAACGUGCUCCACGCUCCGGUUCCAUACCGGCCCCGCCCCAUUAAGACACCCCGCCUCUCGCUGCCCUGGUCCCUGACGGAGCAGCCAGACUGGGCGUCCCUUGGGCCCUUGUGCGGCAUUGGGGUUGGGCCCCAUCAGACACCUUCUCUAACAGAAAACAGCAAGGGCCUGCUGCUGGUGAAGGACCUGAACCAGAAUGGAAAGAGGGGCAUGGAGCCGCACAGGGCUGAUAGAGAUGCCCCCCAGCUCUACAGCACCGCCCUAUCUUUGAGGAGGGCCAUUUCAGCAGAGCAGGCAGCGAGAAAGGACAAAACAGAGGAGAGAGCAGCAGGGCCAGUCUGGUGGAAUUCCAACAUGAGGCAACCGGAAAGGAUAUUUGGAGAGAACCUGCGAGACGGUGAGACAGAUGCACCUCUUGACCUCUCUGACCCUGGGAAGGGCAAGCUUGGCGAGCACCAGCAGUUUUAUGAGACCAGUCCAGCCUUGCUGGACAAGGGUGUUAAAGAGGAAGAGCAGUUAUCUGGCAGGAUGGACACUCCCACCCAGACAUCAACAGGCUCCUCCUCUUCCUCUUCGUCACCACUGGUGCACAGCUCACCCUCCUCUGCUUGCUCCACCAGCAGCCUACAGCAGGAGCAAGGACAGCACAAACAGCAGCAAGACACACUGGACCAAGAUGAAUCAAUGGAAGCCAAACAAGAUUUGAACUCAGAACUAUGCGCAAAUGCAGGGGAAAAGAAAGUACCUGCUCUGACCAUCUCUCUUCAUCCAGUGGGUGUCCUGGAGGUACCGAAGCCAGGAUCAGAGAAGAAGGAUUCAUGUGAUGGUGAGAUGAACCUGGAGCUCCCUCCAGAGAACAAACUGGAGGAGCAAUCAGAGGACGUUCUCUCCUCUUUUGAGAUGAGCCAGAAUGGGAAGAGGAAGACAAGAGGGCAGUUUACAGGGAGAGAAGGAAAGGAGGGUGAAGUUGAGCCCUGGAUGGCAGGUGAAAACACAGAGUGUCAUGGAGCAGAGCUGAUGACCCCCAAACAGCACGGCCAGAUGCACGUACAAUGAGAGAGCGUUGUUUAUAGACAACGUCUAACUGUACUCCUCCAAACGGCUGUGCUGAGCAUCUGCUUCCACUGGAAGACUUUACCCGGCAUCCAUCAUUUUACUAAUGUGGAAAGAGGGGUGCCCACUAAAAAGUGAAUAAUAGUCACCACUGAAAUUUCUGUUAAUAGAAACUUUACCAGCAGAGCUCAGCACUGUGCUGCUGUGGGGAAGGCUAAGGAGGACUCUGGCACCAGCAUGUAUCCCCUAUAAAGAAGAACUUGUACAGCUAAGAGGAAAACAUGAAAAACAAAAUCCUUCUUGUGGCUUUAAGCACUUCAGUGUUGCAGCCCCAAACAAGCAUUGGGUUGCAUUUUUUGCAUCUAGUGUUACCACCUUCCAUCCUCCUGUUCAUGAGGUCAUUCUCUCCUUAUAACCCAAGAAUGACCCCAAAUCACACACAAACUCAUAUCACACUCAUUCCACACACAAGCACACAUGCACGCACACACACACACACACACACACACACACACACACACACGUACCUAACCAAAUUAACUGUUGUUGAAUUAUAAAACUUAAAACUCUGAGACUACAUAGAGUCUGAUGAGUGCUUUCAAUGUGUGUUAAUCAAAAUGACAAAAAUUGAGAAACUGAAAGAAAACCAACUUUCUUCUUCUCCUUUUGGUUCUUAGUAGUACACAUUUUGUAAUACUGAAUUUUCCAAUCACAGCUUCUGUGAACUGCAUAGGGAAGCUGAGGGGAGCAGGUAUUUCCCUUUAAAGCUGUAAAUCUAUGAUAAAUUUACGCAUACACUACUUCCACAUAUUUCAAGCAUAUAUAUUACAGUUACUGCAAUUAUUAAGAGCAUAAUACAUGAUGCCAUUCAUAAAGAGGAGCACUUGAGCAUGACCUUGAAAAUACUUAAACAUUCUCAGAAAAAUUAUAAUCAGGUGCAGAUGGAGAUUCCUCUCCCCUCCAACUACACCCCAUUCUGCAAUCUCAUCGAGGGCGUCACAUUGGCUGUACUGAGCCUGACAGUGACAUCAUAUCCUUUCCCAGCUGUGUGGAAACCCUUUUCUGUAAUAAUGCGGAAUGAAGAAAGUGGACACAUUGGCAAUACAACAGGAAAAGAACACAGUGCUUUCAACAUCGGGCCAAAAUGAAGAAAUAACAAAAGAUGGGAAGGAGAGAAACUGUUCCCCCUCAUACACACAAAAAGACAUCUUCAAUCUUUAAAUUCUGAAAUGGUCUAUGCCUAGUUUAUUUCAUGCCUAGGGGAACGCUGUUUGGUCAUGAAGUGUGUGGAAUUUAAAUGAGAAUUCUUCCGCAAACUGUGGUUUGGUUUACAAAUGUUUGUGGCUUUUCCUGGGUUUGGUUUACAAAUGUUUGUGGAUUUCAAGGUUGUUUGUGUUUCAGUUAUAACUUGUAUUGUCAUGGCAAUUGACAAGAUGCUUAAACGUUUACAGAUUGACCACUCCUCUCACAUUUAUCAUAAAGAAAACUAUUUCUAUUAACUUUGUAAUAUCUGACCACAUAUACAUUUAAAGCUGUAGGGAUAACCAAGUGGAACUGAUUCUAGAGGCUACUAUAUAGGGGCAUUGCAUGUUCCCACAUGACCCUUGCAUUAUACUAGAAGGUUAAUUACCCCGAUUAUAUGGACAUUUAAUAAUGGUUCCAAAAUGUGGAAGGAAACCCUAAUUGACAAUGUGGAUUUGCAUUUUUUUCCCUAGAUGGAAGUUUUUCUGUGAACAUUUAUUUUGCAACAGGGGUUAAACAGAUACUCAUUUUCAUAUGUUAUAUGGAUAUGUUUAUCUAAUAAUCCAAAAACAAAAGCAGAUUGAUAUGGAAGUCAUUUCCUUUAACAUAGAGAUGGAAUUUCACACAUUAAGCAGAUGCCAUUAGGUUUGUACAGCAUUUAGCUAAAUGUGAUCUUGUAAAGAAUUAGAUGAAAAAUCACUACUUGUGUUAACCUGUGAGAGAAUUUGAGGGAAACAAUUGGUUUUAAAAUGUAAACAUUGUCUAAGAGUCUUUGUGAUUUAUCGGUGAAAUGUACCUGUAUAUGGCACAAUGUUCUAGACGCUGGUGACAAUAAAUUUGAAGUUUUCUAGACUUACUAGAAACUUUCCAUAGGCCCACGGGAGGGAGAACUUUAAAGCUUUGAAAAUGUUACUGAGCACUCAUAUUCAAUAUCUAUCUUUAAAUACACAGAUUUUAGAUAUAUAUUGAUACUGUUAUACCAAGAGAACUUUAAAUGGCAACCCCAGACAGCGUGUGUCUUUGGGAUAAACUGCUUUAUCUGAUGAAUGCAUGAGUGUUAUCAAGUCACUGUCAAAUCACAUAAAUUUGUCUUAAUGUGUAGAUUUUUAGUACAUACAAUCUAUCUUGCAUAAAAUAAAAUAAUUCCUCUAAACACAUCAGAUAAGGUAAUGUAAAAUUGUAAUUGUACAUUUAAAAAUCUACUGACAGGUGUUGGGAUAGAAUACUUAAUGUGAUACAUGCAAUAGUUGUUUUUCCCCUAACAUUGUGUCAAUGUUUCAAUCAAUGUCUUAACCAAUAAAUACAUUCAUUUACAUUUA